AUUUAUAGAUGAAUCCUAAAAUGAAAGAACGCUUAAACGUGGAUUACUAAAAACACGGAAUGCUAAAAAUGCGGAAAACUAAUAUUUUGGAUUGCUAAAAACACGGAAAUCUAAAAUCACAGAAAUCUAAUACAGUGGAAAACUAAAAUUUUGGAUAGCUAAAAAUAUGGAAAGCUAAAAACGUGGAAAACUAAAAUGUAAUUUUUAUUAAUUUUUUAAAAAAUGUUCAUGCUAUAAAAAUAACAUAUUAAUAAUUAGGAAUGCGACCUCUAAGCAGUGGGAAUUAUUUUUAGAAAUAUUAUUUAAAUUUAACAAAAGAUGGUAUAAUAAAGUUAUAUUAACUAAUUAAUUACCUACCAAAUUUGAUUAGAAUAACUAUUAUUGUAAGUACUUUGACGUACCUAAACAUUAGUUAUUUACACUGUUAAAUUAUAUUUUGGUUGGACGACGGUGUAAGACAAAUUAUACAUAGGUAGGCUGAUGAUAUACCUCAAAUAGUGCGCUAAAAAAAAAAUGAAGGACUUAAAUAGUUAUAAGUUAGGUAGAACUAGGGAUGAAAAAUUAUAGGACCUACAAUUUUGGAUUUAUUAUUUUACAAAAAAUAUCAAAUAUUUUAACCGGAGAAACCAUAUCUAUGGAGGAAUUGACUGAAGAUUUGAUAGACGAGGACUUGGAUAACUUUAAGUACGCUUGUAUAACUUUCACAGAUAUGGAACGCAGUUUUAGUUGUUAUAAAAAUAUUCUCUCGGACAAUGGUCGUCAAUUACACGUUGUCAAUCUUAAAAAAGCUCUGGUGGUCCAAUGCAACAAAUUUACAGAUAUACAGAGUAUUACAGACGUUGAACCAAGAAGUCGUCGAUUAGAUGUUCAAAUGCUGCAAUUUUGAUGCUGCUUAAUAUAUUAUAUACAUAUUUAUUUAUAUGAUAUUAUUUUUAUUUAU